AAUUGCGUUCGGUGGGGGGGGCUCUGCUCCUGUAUAAAUACAAAUAUCAAAAGCAAACCUCAGAAAACGACAUCGUGAAGCUGACUCUGUGAGAGCUCUGCAUCCCAUUCAGCUCUAAUGGAAGACGCAACGCAUUCAGAAUACGAACAUGCAGAAUAUGCAGAAUAUUCCGAUUUAGCCGGAGAAGAGCACUUGCAUCCUGAACGCUACUGCACGGACGCGGCCUGCGUAACCACGGUGAUCUUCACCGUCGUCACGUGUGUUCUGGGCAUCGCUGGAAACGGCGCGGCGAUCUGGAUGACCGGCUUUAAGAUGAAGAAGUCGGUGAACACCACCUGGUUCCUGAGCCUGGCUCUGUCCGGCUUCAUUUUCUGCGCAGCUCUGCCUUCCGUCAUCGACUACAGGCUGAAGCAGAGCUGGAACUUCGGGCCGUUCAUGUGCAGCCUUCACAGUUUCGUGGCUUACCUCAGCAUCUACAGCAGCAUCUUCAUCCUGGUCAUCAUCAGCGCGGACCACUGCCUCGCCGUCACGUUUCCCGUCUGGGCCCAGAACCAGCGCACGGUGAAGAAAGCGUCGGCGGUCGUCGUGUUGGUUUGGAUCGCGUCUUUGUCGCUCAGCAUUCCUCCUGCGCAGUUCAGCAUCACCAUAAACAUUCAAUCGAUCGCCAUAUGCUACAUCCACUACGAGCACCACCACACCGUCGUGCUCAUGCACUUCACUUUUGGGUUUUUGAUUCCGUUGCUGAUCAUCUUCACCUGUUACUUCAUCCUGAUCCGUAAACUUAGAGCAAACCAAACGUUCAGGUUCACCAAGCCCUACAGGGUCGUGGCGUUACUGAUCACAGCUUUCUUCAUCUGCUGGCUGCCGUUUCAGAUCGUUUCUCUGCUAGUGUUGGACAGAUCUAAUCACAGCUUUUCCCUUUUCGUGGCCCUGCUGGUUUGCAACAUUCUGGCCAGCGCCAACAGCUUCCUGAACCCGCUCAUCUACGUAUUCAUGAACAAUAAGAAACGCUGCUCAUUUCUUGCGAAAACCGAGAGCGCCGAGGAAAGCGCCGCCGAAGCAACUUCCGUGGAAGACGGGCUUUCUGCUGCUGUCUGAAACUUCACCAAUCUCUCUUUAUUCCUUCUCGAGUGUGAUUAAAGAAAUGACUCGGCUUUAACGAUCAGUGUAACUGUUUUUGUGUCGCAGGUUUGAGUUCGGAAAUCUACAAGUAAAAAAAAAAUUACUUUAAAUCAUUAAAAAUAUAUAUAAUGACUUGUAAAAACAGCUAUUAAAUGUCUACGGUUUUAUUUGAUCAUUUGGGUUACUCAUAACAUCCGUGCUUGAAAAUAUAAUAAACCUCUUGUUCUAACCA